GCCAGUAGCUUCUGAAUGGAGUGAUCUUAAUUUAUUUUGUGGUUGCCAUUGAUCUCUCAGCCAUGUUGGGCGGAGACGGGGGAAUGUUGCCAGAUUUUGCCAUUUUGUUAAUCGUUACUGAUCAGUUGUCUUGUAACUGAAUCUGUGAAAGUAAUCAUUGUGGAAAAGAUAAAUGAAAGAAAAACAUUAGAAUGCAAUUAUAUCAAACGUGAUAUUGCAAUAGAAUACAUGAAACGAAAUGAUCUUCUACUUUCUGGGUCAGUUAUAUGGAAAAUCUGGAUGCUGUGCAAUUCAGAGCUGCGUUAUUUAUUAUUGCAGCAAUAUUCUGAUGAGAGCGACGAUAGUUUCUGCUUAAUUUUCGUGCCAAGUGGCAGGCAAAGAGACAUACAGACAUUCAUAAUCCUGCAUUUUUUUACCGUUUAUGUGUUGCCUGUUAUGUGGACACACGCCCCUAACACCUUAUGCGAGGCUGAACAUCGAAGCGCAAGGAGAGAGGACCUACAUCCGUCGGUGUUUGUGACCCGAGAGAAGGGUUUGGAAUUUGCUCUCUAUAGUCUAGAGGUGCCCCCUCUUCGCCACGUUUUUUCAUAUUUGUCUGCGUGGAAUAUAUAUAGUAAGUUGACUUUCAAUAAGUUAUCCUGUAUCUACAGAUUCGAAUCUUGGUGAUAAAAACAGAACAUGAAGUCGAGCCAAAGGUCUGCAAUGAGAGUCCCAGAAGAACUGCCACUACAUCACCUGGUGCCGUAUUUGUUGGCGGUUCUUGCAUCUUUUGUGUGGUUUUUGCCCUGGGAACCGACACCAUGGAGAGCUUUCCUAAAGUUCCUCCCGAUUCUAUAUCUUAUAGCCUACAUGGGCAUAACCGAGAGGGGGAAAGGAGAAUCCGGAAAAGUUCUUUUAGCGUUGAUCUUCUCUGCCAUCGGUGACGCUUUCCUGGCGUACCCCGAUGCAUGGUUUGUGCAGGGCAUUCAAGCUUUUGGGGUCGCUCAGAUCUUUUACACAGCAGCUUUUGGAUUCGAAGGAAUCAGACUGCCAAUGGGGAUUGGACUCUAUGGCAUAGGCUUCGUUUUGCUCUGUUUUAUACUGCCCCAUAUACCCACCCCACUCAAUGUUGCCAUCCCGAUAUACAACUUACUCAUUGGCACUAUGUUCUGGAGGGCUCUCGAUAGGUACGCAUUGAUGUCCCACAUCCGCUUCGAGAGGAGGCUGUGUUCGGUUCUGGGAGCUGUCCUUUUCAUCACUUCGGACUCUUGCAUCGUUUUCCUGCAAAUAUUCCAGCUUAUCCCUCACAUCCCAGCUCAGAUCAUCAUCCUGUCUACAUACUACUCGGCCCAGCUCCUCCUCAUGCUUGGCUCAGCUGACAGUUUCUGGGCCAGAAAAAGCGAGCUAGUCAAGAAGGAAACUGCAAAGAAAAAUACAUAAGGGGUUAGUAAGCGUCGACUUUCAUCGAUGAUUCAGAUUACAUUUUUCUCUGGCUUUUGUGAGACGUUACUGGAAAACGUAAAUCUUUCUAUCGCAUUUGCUACUGUUAUUAUUAUUUUUGUUUAUUGUAUCAGGAUUUCAGCAAUAUUAUUUUGAAAGCAUCCGGUCAAGAAUUUUCGAUUGAUAUUAAUAUCAAUAAAUUAAUGUUAACGUCAAACAUGUCUUGUAUGGUUUUAGUAACGUAAAUUCUUGAUUAGUUGUGAGAAAGAUUACAAAUGUCUAUUAUUUUGAUACCUUGAUAAUGAACAUAACAUUGUUUUCAUGUUUAUUGUUAUUAUUUUCAUUGUUUAAAUGUAUAUGAUUACAAAUUAUAAUUAUUGAUAUUGCAAGAUAGGUGUUUGGAUUUCAAUGUAAUUAUUAUUAUUAUAUUUGUAAAUAUUGCCGGAUAGUAAGGAUCUUGUAUGUUUUUACGAGGGAAGCCAACGGAAUCCAGAGUCAAGUUUCAAAAUUAUCUUGUUGUGACUGUGGAUGUUCCUCUGCUUUUCUAAUAAAAGUAAGUUGGCUGGAGCUUCCCUUUUCCACAAAGUUAAGCAGUAACGGUAGUAUCCUCGGGCCACUUACCAAGUCAAUGAGACUGUUUUGCAUUGCAACAGAGUUAGGUUACGAAAUAACAUUCAAAGAAACGGGAGUUUUCAAAAGCAGCGCUCCUCCCUUUUGCUUUGCACUGCAUAAGGGAAAUAUACUAUAUACUUUUGCUCUGUAGACGGACAUAUCGUCUUAAUAAAUGACUUAUAUU